GAAUGAAUGAGGAGGUCCCGUUGAUUGAGUCACCAGUAGCAGGACCUGUACCGAAUGGAUCAGUUGUUAGGCCUCCUGACAUUGUUUUUGUCAAUGUUGGUGGACGUAGAGCUCGGCUCAACUCGGACAUCAUCAUAAGACGGCUUGCCACAUCACGACUUGCUGUAUUCUGUGAAAAAUCACAUGUUGAACGGCUGACAGAUUGUGAUGCCUUCUUUGAAAGCACAUCGGAGUACUACUUUGAAAGAUCGCCAAUUAUUUUUGAAUACGUAAUUGAUUUCUACGUAACUGGAAAACUUCAUCGUCCAAUGGAUAUUUGUCCGAUUCGAUUGAGAUAUGAAUUGGACUAUUGGAGAAUUCCCACGCCGUUUAUGUCACCAUGCUGUAUUCUUGAAGAAAAUAACAAUAUAGCUGGGAAAAUGUCAACUGAGAAAGCAUUUGUUGAUUCUUCAUUACCGUCUUCAUGUUUUGAUAAAGUCGUGUUAGGACCACAACGACUAAAAUUAUACAGAUUAAUGGAAAAUCCGAGAUCAUCUUCUGGUGCAAAAAUAUUCUCAGUUGGAUCAGCUCUUUUUGUGCUUCUUUCCUUGCUCGGACUAAUCCUAAGCUCAAUGCCAGAGCUGCAGGAUGAAAAUAAAGAACCUCAUUAUCUCCUUCAUUGGCUGGAAUUAUUGUGUAUGGUGUACUUCACAUUUGAAUACCUUGCACGUCUCCUUGUGAAUCCGAAAAAAGCAGAAUUUAUUAGGAGUCCACUGAACGUUAUUGACUUGCUGACUGUGUUGCCGUUUAUGAUUGAAGCGUUUAAUGAAUUGCAAUGGAUGAAAGAGUUUAGAGGUGCAAUGCUUGUGGUUCGAGUAAUGAGACUUGCCCGUGUAGCGCGUAUCUUCAAGCUCGCCAGGUACUCAACUGGUCUCCGUGCCUUUGGAGAAACAAUGAAAAAGUCUGCGGCAGAGCUCAGUAUGCUUGGAAUGUUUUUGGUAACAGGAAUCAUGCUGUUCUCAACUGCAAUUUAUUUCUUCGAGCGAGAUGAGCCCAACUCCAAGUUCUACAGUAUUCCAGCAGCCUGCUGGUGGUGUGUCAUAACAAUGACCACAGUUGGCUAUGGUGAUUUGGUGCCUAUAACUGCUGGAGGAAAAGUGGUUGCUGCUUUGGCCUCAGUGUGUGGAAUCAUUGUGCUCGCAUUCCCAAUUUCAAUGAUAAUCGACAAAUUUGCUGAAUCGACAGGAGGGUGGAGCGGUGGAGAUGGAGACGAAGAACAAGGGCACAUGAUUGUGCAUCGGACUGUACACCCAUUGAAUAAUGGAGCACCGGCUGCCCAACCAGUGAAAAAGAAGAGCAAACGAUAUGUUGGAUUCUGAUUGUUAAUAUUAUUAUUUAUCUUAUCAAUCAUUUUUCUCCUUCUUGUUUUUAAUUUACCCCUUUUAUUUGUAAAUAUACACCAAACGGGUUCGAUUUUGUCCCAGUUUUUUGUCUCCAAAAAUGUUCCUUAUUUCUUUCAUUAAUUGUUUAGGUUUGUCAGAGAAUUUGAAUUUUAGGACAUUUCAUUAGUGCUGAAAUUGUGCGAAUUAUUCUAAAAUUCAAAGCAAAUUGAACCCUUUUCUGAUAUUCCUAUUAUUGGUGUCAAAAACUUGCCACUCUAGAAUCUCCAUAGAUCUCUUCUCAUUUUCUGGUUAGGUACCUUUGGGUUAAUGUCCACUCGAUUUCCGAUUUCUUCAAUUUCUGAACUCCAUCGUUUUCACAUUUUUCAAACAAUAAUAAAUUAUCUGUACCGACCCCCGUACCGUUUCUUCAUCCUUUUUUACUGAUAAAAACGAUCAUACUAAA